AUGCCUGCCGUGCCCGAGGACACGUACAAGGUCGGGACCGUGCGCGUCGAGUCGUUUGUCGCACUCGCCGACGUGCGCGCGCACCUGCGCCUGCUGCAUGCCUUUGCCGAGCUGCGCGGCCGCGUGUACGGCGCCGCUCGCCGUGCGCAGCCGCCGGCAUACGGCACCGAGGCACAGCCCGCCGCGACGCCGGCGUACAGCGGCGACAGCAAGCUUGACUGCGAGCUGGCCGGCUCGAGCAAGCACCUGGACGGACUGCCACCUGCUGGCUUCGUCCAGACCGCGGCGCCACUCGAUGCAGGCCAGAGCACGGGCUCAGCUACGCUGCCACCUGCUGGCUUUCCCGAAACAGCAGCCGCGUCGACGGACGCCAGCUCCAGCAAAGGUCCAGCCAUCUCGACGCAGGCUGGCUCCAGCAAGCUCGCCGCGGCUCCGUCGUACGCCAAAGCUCAAGCCGCGCCCUCUGAGACGGGUUCUUCUUCGCUGCGCGAGCCACCAGCGAGGCCCGACGCCGAGCCGCGCGUCCACGAGGCGUGGGCCAACUAUCUGCGUCGCGCGGCUCACCGCCUCGAGCUCUAUCUCGAGCGCAUCCUCCUCGCGCCCGAUGCCGGCCUCAAUCCGCCGCCGAAGGCCACGCGGAUCAGCGAGCUGCGUCCGGGCAGCGCGCGCCCGCUCGUCGGUGCCCUUCCGCCGCACUGCAUGCCGCCGCUCGACGUGCUGCUGGUCUGGCAUGCGUACUGUCUCUCGCCGGGCGCGUACUACGACGACCUGCUGCGCCUGCGCAGCCGCAUUGCGCUUGGCAGUGUCGAGUUUCCGCUGCACGCCGCUGCCCGCUCGCUCGACCCGCAGACGUGGCUGUCGGUGCUGCCCGAGGGCGAGGACUUUUGGGUGCGCCACGUGCAGGAGCCGUGGGCGCUGGGCCUCAUCGCCCCGGUGUACGAGCCCAAGGGCCUCGAGACGAGCGAGAUGGGCAAGGCGAUCACCUGUCCGUCGUGCGAGGCGUCCAUCUUCGUGCCGUGGGGCGCAUCGGCGCAUGCUCCGGGUGCCAAGGGCCUGGGCGACGCAGACUGGAGCGUGCCAUGCCCGGACUGUUCGCGUUUGCUGAAUGUGCAGGUCCUCCGCGGCGCCGUCUUCAUUCGCGACCUCGAGCGCUGGUGCAACAGCCCAACGGCGCCCACGCGCGGUCUCGCAUUCAGUGCCCUCGACGGGCGCGAGUUUACGUACGACCUCGCCACGGCCGUCUUUGCGCCGCUCUUCCGGCACGUCCAGCGGCCGGGCGACGACUGGUUUGCGCUCUCGCAGGCCAACAGCCACGGCAAGCGCGGCAUCUAUCUCGACCAGGACCCCCGUGCAUGGGCCGAGCGCCACAAUUGGUCUCUGCCGAGCAUGCUGGCCAGCGUGUCCGAGGACAGCGACCGCGUGCGCAACUUUGAGCUCGUGGCGGGUGCGCGCUCGAAGUUCAACCGGCGCAUCAGCUACAUCUUUCGCGCGUAUCUCGAGGCGGACCCGCUGGUCGAGUGCAGCGUGGACCUGGCGCUCGCCGUGCAACGACAGUUCGCGUUUGUCGAGGAGAUGGGCAAGCUUGGCUGGAGCAGCCCGGCGGCGCUCGACGCCGGCACGCACGACGUCGACUGCGCGCGCGCCAUUGUCCGCUACCACAACUGGCUGGACCUGAUGUCCGACGGGCCCGUCACGCUCUGCCCGACACUCGACGUGGACCUCUGCUGGCAUACGCACAUGCUGUUUGGCCGGCGCUACGCGCAGAACGUGUACCACGCGCUGCGCCGCUUCAUCGACCACGACGACCGCAUCAGCGACGACGUGCUCAGCGGCGCGUUUGAGCACACGGCCAAGCUGUGGCAGAAGAAGUACAGCCAGCCGUACUCGCUCUGCGGCUGCCUCAAGCCCGAGGCGACCAAGACGCGGCGCAUCAGCUCGCUCUUUGGCGGCUCCAAGGGCAAGGCGCUGCCCGAGCGCACCGAGCAGGCGUCGCAUCCGUCGGAGCACAACGGCGUGAUCCUCACCGACGACGACGGCACAUCGCGCGAGCGCUUCGAGCGGCGCCAGCACCUGCAGCGCCAGGGCACGGCGCACCCCGAGCACGACGCGGCCUUUCAGCGCGGCUACGGCGCGACGCCGCUCAUGCCGUUCUACUACGUGCCAGCGUCGCCCGACGGCCUCGGCCCGUGCGUCGGCCACCAGGGCGACGCCUGGCAGAUCGGCCACGGCGCGUGCUGCGGCGGCGCCUCGAUUCUCUCGUCGUGCACGUCGGCGGCGUAUGCGGGCGCUGCGGGUGGUGUCGGCGGCGGCGUGCCCUACAACGCGCGGGCAGGUGCGGGCAGUCGAGCGCUGGCGGGAGGGGCUUUUGCCGGAUCUGGCGCAGCGUGCGGCGGCGGCGGCGCCGGUGGAGGCUUCUAG